CCGGCCGGUCGAUCACCGUCAAAUCUGUCGAAGAUCGUCAACGCGCAAAACCACUCCGAUCCCGCCCCCUUUUAUUGGUCGGGCUUCCUUGCCGGCGAACCAGUCGUUGGUCGCGGUCGGCGGUUCCACGCGACGUUUGGAGGCCGUUGCGUGGAUCACAUGCCCACAUGCGACGACAGCCAAUGA